GUUUGAAAAACUGUGUGAUUUAAUUGAGUUGGAACAAUUCAAGACUUCUGUUUCAGACGCUGUUGCUACGUAUAUCACCGAGCGAAAAGUAAGUACCGCUUCCGAAGCUGCUAUUUUGGCAGAUUCAUUCGUUUUGAUUCAUAAAGGGAUGGCAACUUCGAAUCGUUUCCGUGGUGAUUCGCCUCGUAACUAUUUUUCUCCGCACUCUCCACUUAAACCAAUUGGUGUGGAGGGUCACCCACCCGUUAGGGGGAGAGAUGUUCCUGGCACAGACGGUAAAUUUGACAUAACUAGAGUUUGUUAUGUGUGCCAUGACAGGGGACAUUUUAAAGGUGAAUGUCCUGGAAACAGGUUUCCAACUAAGGCCUCGCCAAAACCCUUUUCUUCCGGCCCCUCUAGCUCGAAACCCGUUGCGUUAGUUUCGGUUACGCAUUCGCCCUUUAAUUCUUCGGGUUCAGCUUCACCUCCGGACUCUAAGUGGAUAUUGCAGGAAGCUAAAACAUCUAAAAUUAACCCUAGUUACUCUCCGUUCAUUUCUGAUGGUUCAGUAGCUCUCUUGGGGGAUGACAAUGAAGUCCCUGUAAGGAUACUGAGAGACACAGGUGCGUCUCAGUCUCUGAUACUGGCUGAUGUGUUACCAUUUUCCCCCAAGUCCUUCAGUGGAGAUAGUGUAGUUAUUCGUGGUGUUGCUGGUCACGUGGUUGUACCUAGGCAUCACCUUGUUCUCCACUCUGAUUUUGUCAGUGGGGAAGUGGUGCUUGCAGUUUGCCCUGAAUUUCCGAUGGGUGACAUAACCUUAAUUCUGGGGAAUGAUCUUGCGGGACCGCAUGUCACUGGAAUGUCGCCGCCUUUUUUGGUAUCCUCCAGUCCGUCAGGGGAAUCGGACGACGCGGGGGCGGGUUUUCCUGAUGUUUUUACUGCUUGUGCUGUAACCCGCUCUAUGGCGCGCAAUAAUAUUCCCUCUGAGUCGGGUCCACGUGCACGGAAAAAUAGUUCUCAGUAUGAUUUGGGUGAUACAUUUUUUGUAAAAAUUGACUCUGAUUCGAUGGCUUCAUCUGUACGUACGCCUGAAGUUGCUGAUUCUAAGAGCAACACUUGUCUCUCUUUGGGUCCUUUAACGAAUGUCUCUCGUGGUGAGUUGAUCGAGGAGCAAAGAGCGGAUGAUACCCUGACGAAAUUGUUUCAGUAUUCACGUCCUAGUGUUGGUUUUGGUGAUCUUAAGUUGGAUGUAAUACCCCCUGAUACUGCUGACAAAUCAGGGAAGCCAAAAUCGUAUUAUUUUACUCAGGAAGGCUUAUUACAGCGCAGGUGGACAUGGGUAAAAGAGUCAUUCGUAGGUGAGGCUACGCAGGUGGUCAUCCCCGCUAAAUAUAGGGAAGCUGUAAUUAGACUUUCCCAUAACGAAACUGCUGGGCAUUUGGGAAUAAGAAAGACUUAUGACCGGAUUUUGCGUAGGUUUUUCUGGCCGGGUGUAAAAAAAGAUGUGGCCAAAUAUAUUAAAUCCUGUCAUACGUGUCAAAUUACCAGUAAACCGAAUCAGAGAGUACCUGCUGCUCCUCUUUGUCCAAUACCGGCGUUGGAAACUCCGUUUACCCAUCUACUUGUAGACUGCGUUGGACCUCUUCCGGUCUCACGUAGUGGGCAUCCUUAUUUGUUAACCAUCAUGUGCCAAUCUACCCGUUACCCUGAAGCUUAUCCGUUGCGUUCAAUAACCACAAAGUCUGUUUUGAAGGCUCUGACACAUUUUAUGAGUAUUUUCGGCAUUCCGAAAGUUCUUCAAACAGACCAAGGAUCAAACUUCUGUUCCAAACAGUUUGCUAGAAUGUUAAAACAGUUAAAAGUUCAGCACAAUAAAUCUAGUGCCUACCACCCCCAAAGCCAGGGCGCCCUCAAACGUUUUCAUCAGACUUUAAAAUCCCUCUUGCGUUCAUAUUGUACGGAGAUGGGUCGUGAUUGGGAGGACGGUCUGCCUUGGCUGAUGCUGGCUGUUCGAGAGGUUGCCCAGGAAAGUAUGGGAUUCAGUCCUAACGAACUUGUAUUUGGACACUCUGUCCGUGGUCCCACUGCUGUGGUUGCCGAUGAGUGGAAAUCCACUGAAGUCCCAGAGAACGUGCUGGACUACGUUAGUGAUUUCCGCCUCCGUUUGUACCGUGCUUGUGUAGCAGCUAAGCGGUCUCUGGGUAAGGCGCAGACAAAAAUGCAGCGCUUGUUUGAUAGAAACGUUAAAGAGCGCAGUUUUAAGGCCGGAGAUCAAGUGUUGGCCUUAUUGCCUGUAAUUGGUAGUCCCUUUCAGGCAAAAUUUGCGGGUCCGUAUGAGGUCGAAACAGUUAUUUCAGACCGAAAUUAUUUGAUUCGAACUCCCGAUCGACGAAAAAAGGCACAAGUCUGUCACAUUAAUUUGCUGAAGGCGUAUAACACAACCAACUCUGUUGAAGAAGUGACAACCCCUGUUGCUUCUGGUCCUGUGAAUAUGGCCAUGGUGUUUCCCGUUAAAGCUGUAGGCUUCAAUGUGGGCUGUGAUUCAGGUUCAGUGCCUAGCACGGACGUGCCUAAUGCUGUGAUUAGUCCAGUCUCCUGUGGGGGCGAGGAGGAUAUCACAAUGAGAGCUGAAGGCAUGUUUCAGGGCAGACUGGAAAACACAGCAUUUCUGAAAACAUUAGAGUCCCGGUUUGACCAUUUGUCUGCGGAACAACGUGCAGACUUGAUUGCAUUAAUUAAUGGUAAUUUAAGCAUAUUUACUGAUACGCCAACUUGCACACACGUCAUUGAGCAUGAUAUUGAUGUGGGCGCUGCAGCUCCCAUCAAACAGCGCUUUUAUCGUGUGUCCCUGACGAAACGAAAACAUCUGGAGGCAGAAAUAAAAUAUAUGCUGGACAACGGUAUUGCUGAACCAACAUCGUCGGCGUGGGCUUCGCCUUGCCUGUUGGUGAAUAAGCCUGACGGGUCUUUUCGGUUUUGUACCGAUUAUCGGAAAGUAAAUGCCGUGACAAAAGCCGACUGUUUUCCCUUGCCACGAAUGGAGGACUGUGUCGAUCAAGUCGGGCAAGCGGCAUUUGUGAGCAAACUUGAUUUGUUGAAGGGUUAUUACCAGGUGCCCUUAACUCAGCGUGCCCGUGAAGUAUCAGCAUUCGUAACUCAUUCCGGACUAUAUGCUUACUCCGUUAUGAGUUUUGGGUUAAAAAACGCGCCGGCCACUUUCCAGCGCCUUAUGAAUAAGAUAUUGGAUGGUCUUGAUGGUUGCGCAGCUUACCUCGACGACGUGGUGGUGUUUAGCGACACUUGGCCUGAACAUGUACACCGUCUCGGUGCCCUGCUCGACCGUUUUUCCAAUGCUGCGUUGACUGUAAAUCUAGCCAAGUGCGAGUUUACCCAGGCUACAGUCACUUAUUUAGGUAAAGUGGUAGGACAGGGAAAGGUUUGCCCUGUUAGGGCCAAAGUUUUAGCCAUUGAUAAUUAUCCACCUCCAAAGUCCAAAAAAGAUUUGAUGCGGUUUUUGGGUAUGAUUGGCUAUUACCGCGGAUUCUGUAAAAAUUUUUCCACAGUCGUAGCGCCUUUAACGAACUUGUUAAGCGGUAAAGUCUCUUUUGUGUGGACCAAGACUUGUCAGGAGGCUUUUGAAGCGGCCAAGUCCUUACUGUGUCAUGCACCAAUUCUUUCUGCUCCGCGAUACGAUAAGCCAUUCAUAUUGUACGUGGAUGCUAGCCAGGUGGGCGCAGGAGCUGUCCUUAUGCAGUCAGGCGAGCAGGGUAUAAAUCAUCCGGUAGGGUUUUUCUCACGCAAGUUUAAUAAACAUCAAUUAAACUAUUCCGUGAUUGAGCAGGAAGCCCUCGCUCUUAUCUGGGCGUUACAACAUUUCGAAGUUUAUCUGGAUUCUACCUCUAAUCCCCUUACAGUUUAUACUGACCAUAACCCUUUAACGUUUCUGCAUACGAUGCAGAAUUCAAACCAACGGCUCAUGCGCUGGUGUCUUUUCUUGCAGGGCCACUCCCUGCAGAUUCUACAUGUUAAAGGGCGGGAAAAUGUUCUCGCGGACGCCCUCUCCCGAGCCCCUUCAUAGAUACUCAAUUGUUUAACAGUGAAAAGUAUUGGAGUCGGCCAGUGUGUGCGGUGCACCCCUUUCUAAUUGAGAGCACCUGGGGGUAAACCCUAUAAUAAGGAAGCCCCAGUGCUUUCUGGGCCGCUUUUCUCUUUCUUUCUCACUCUGUUCCAGGUAAUCCUGCACCAGGUCUGGCGGUUGGACGGCCCGCAGGUUUUUCCCUUCACCCUCUUUUCUUCACAGGUUUUGCGUGGUACAUUCACAUCCCAUAUUUGCACACGCGCAUCCACACACAUUUAAUACAAAUACCCUACAUUUCACUCAUACAUGUAUCAUUGUUUUCGUCUUAAUAAAUAAUUCCUUUGUUUAAAAGUAUACCUUGUUGUGUUGUCUCCCUUUUUGUCACGACUAUAGCUUAUGUCGUAACACAGUGGAGCUCAGUGAUCUUCAACAGAAGUACUUGAGACAUAAACAGAGUCAAUACUGGGACAGUUGUUCCCUUUCAUAAAUGAAAUGUCAUGAAAAUGAAAUUGUCAUUUCCAGUGAUAAUUGUACAAAAUAUUGUAUUUGUAUCCUCAUCUCUAGGAUUCUGGAUGUGUAGUUAUGGUAGUAGUCUUCUUUACCAUUAUAUGAGAAAGUUAAAAAUUCUUUUGUCUUUUUCCAUUUUCAUGCAACCCCAGAUAUGCAGAAUUGGAAAAGAAAAAAGACAUACAAAACGAGUGUGCCCGGAGAGGUGUUAGAGGUAUCCUGCAGUACACCUGUGCAACUCAGCACCUCACAGACCAGUGAAGAGACAACCCUUCCAUGCCCAGAUGGAAAGACUCUUUCAAGAGAUGGCUGCUUGAAAAAGGUGUGCCGGAACCAGAGGUGGCUGCUCGCAGCCGUAAAAUUGGGCAGUAUGUCUCUGAAAAAAUCAUGGACAUUAACAAAUCAAUAAAAAGGAUCUAAUACAUUUA